AUGAAUUUGUCUUCUAACGUCAUUGAUGCUCCUGGAAAUGUUUCCAAUCCAGAAGCUCACCCUUGGGUUUCAAUGGUCAAUGGAAUAGAACGAGGGUUCACCUGCUUUGGCAUGUUCUGUAACUUUUUCUUACUUUUAUUGAUUGUGUUCAAAUCGCCAUCUGAUAUGGGAGUGUACAAGUUUCUCAUGAUCUACGUUGCCAUUUUUGAGUUAUUUUUUGGAUGGUUGGAGCUAAUGACUGUCGCGAAUCUGAUUUCUGUAGGAUCAUUGUUCACAGUCGUUGUUGAUCCUGAGCAGGCAUUUUUUCCCGAUGGGUUGUUGCAGAUUUCGUGCUAUCUCUACUGCGGUUCGUUUGCCACAUCUCUGGCCAUAUUCGGUGUGCAGUUUGCAUAUCGGUUCCAGGUUAUGAAAGGUAAUACUUCGUUGACUUCACAACGCCUCUCCACAUUUUUGUUUUGGGGGAGCAUACCACUAUCGUUGCUCUUCUCUGGACAAUUCCUUGUUCUAUAUUUCUGGGAAGAAAUGAUUAUGUGAAUAAUGUUGUCAGCCAAAAGUCCUACCCAAUUUCCAUGGAAAACAAAACAGUUGGAUUUGUUGGAGUAUACUUCUACCCAGAACUAUCUGAUGGAACAACGACAAUCAACUGGGAUUCUUUCAUUGGAACAUUUCUUUGUGUCUGUAUACUAUUUAGGUCCGAAUCACUCAUGCUCUACUUUGCUCUGAAAUCCUACUUCGUCACAAAGUCCCUCAUGACUUCCGCCUACUCUGCAAACUUCCAAAAGCUUCAAUGGCAGAUGUUCUACGCAUUGGUAUCCCAAACAGGGAUUCCAAUUCUUUUCAUGCAAUUUCCAGUGACUCUAAUCUAUAUCACUUGUCUUGGCAACAUUUCCACACUCUUUUUCGGGCAACUUCAGCAAUUAACGAUAUCCUUCUACCUUGCUACUGACGCUCUUCCAACCAUUUUCAUCAUAAAACCAUAUCGAGCGUUUAUAAUUGAGAAUGUCCGGAGUUUGAAACGGCGCUGCUGCAAACCGGAUAAAUUUGAAAACCGAUUGGCCAAGCUAAGCAUAACCAAGUCAACGGGCUCUGCUAUUUCCGAGAUGCCUCCUAGAUUUGUAUCCGUUCAAUGAUG